GAAUAAGGCUCGCUAUCGCCAACACCCGGUCUAUCCGGGGUAAUAAGCCGCAGCUUUAACGUCAGUGCCAACUCAUCAUAAAAGGCGGUGAUGUAUCUCGUCAAUCCCAUUCCGACGCAGCAAAAGACUGCAGAACCUUCAGAGUCACCGACUUCUGAGAAGGAUAUAACGCGACCUGUUUGAGGAUGUCGGAUCUUCUGCGACAAACGUGGUGAGCAUAAGUAAGACUCGACAGCAUCAUCAACAGAGUCGGCGGAUUGAGGGCGCUCGUAACCAGCCGGAGCAUGGUUCUGGACUGGUUGGGGACUGGGUGAAUCGCGGGCUCGUUCGUCGACUUUGUGAUUCAGUGGUGCAGACAAACGCUUUAGUCGGGAGCUGCUGCGCUUAACCUUGAUAGCCUCAUUUGGUGCCGGGCUCUGCCGUCCGGAUCGUCUCCGAUCAUUGCGGUCAUUGCUCUGAUCCCGCUUCCGGCCUUGAGCGACAGCAGGAAAUGGUGCGCCCUCAUCCUCUUCGUCGCUGAAGCCGUCAUUCACGUCGAGGAAACUUCUGCCUGCCACACUGGUACUCUUUGACGGAGAAGCAUCCUUGAGGCCAUAAACGGGUGAUCUGGUGGAUGACCUCGACUGGACAUGUCCCGAAUGACUCUGCUUCCUUCGACUUGACUCCCGAUCUCGAGUUCUGUGUUCCUCGCCUUCUGGAAUCACAUCAUUAGUCGUACCAUCCUCCCGUCUUGAUCUCCUCGCGCUUGGUCUCUUCUGCGGACCCGUCUUUGCAAGACUCGAGUUUCGCGCGGGAAUAGCGCAAGGUGCAUCCAUCGGGCGUUCGAUUGGCAGCUCGUAAUGUGACUCUUCACGGAUGGCAGUCUCAGCAAAGAAUGGAUCGCUGCGCCCACCGCUGUGAACACUUUCGCCAGGAAGAGCACCAGACGACGAAGCCGAAACUCCGCCCGAAACCCUCUUCCUCUCGGCUUCCUUCUCCCGCAGGCGCUCCUUGGAACUCAUGUACAUCAAGCCCUUUUGACUCCUUGAUGUUUUUCUACCCCAGCUAUCGUGCGAUUGUUUAUGGUUCAACUCGGGGGUCGAGGCGCCGCGACGUUCGAUCGAAAGGUUCCCUAUACUCUGGGCAUCAUCGUUCUUCGAUGCAGCUGAAGAUCCUUUUGACGACGGUCGGGAUGUACUAUUUCGAAUAAACGAUCGCAGUCCCCCGGAACCCUCGCGGCUUGGACUUCUUGGACUUCUCGGGCUCUUUGUCGCAGUCAAAGGUGAAUAACCGCUGGGAGGUUUCGAGUCCACACCAAAGCUACCAUUCCCGGGACUCGCGGGCAGUGACAGACUCGUCGGCGACGCUUCGAAAUGGUUUGUUGCAGGCUUCGAGAUGACGCUGAGGCUGGUGAUGAGGUUGGAGAUGACUUCCGGACUGGCGGGAGGAAGACCGGAGUUGCGCUUUGACGAGGAGGGGCCUUGGAGAGAGCGUCGUCGAGAAUGAGCGUGGUGAUUAUGGGCGCGCAUAGGGAUAGGGGGAAUAUCAGCCGAGUCAAAAUCCAUGGCUAGGGCGACGGACUCUAGGUCGAGUCAAGAAAAAGAAGUGGAUGUCAAGGGAGGCAGCGGUCGCGAUGCUGUGUCUCGCGGGUCGACGAUAGUGUCUCGCGCAGACAAAGGGUGGCGCGGCUUCUCACCCUUGGAAUAAGGGAUGAGUAAAAAAGUGUCACGAUGAGGGAGGAUUCUCUCUGGGGAUAUUAGCUCGUUUGGUGGAAGUGGUGAUGGUGGAUCGCGGUGGCUGUACUAGGAAUAUUAGAUUGAGCCAAGUGGGUUUAUCUUCCGGUUGUCGCGUGGAAGACAGAGAAGGGAGAAAGAAGGAAAAGAAGACAACCAGAAAAAAAAAACAAAGGGAGAGAGAGAGAUCAACCACGUCAAGGAUAAAGAGUAAGUUGGGUUGGGUAAUAAUUUGGUGGUCGCGCAAAUGGAAGUUGGUUGACGAGGAGAAGCGAAAGACAAAAUGGGAGAGGGGACAAGGCCAAGCUAGGGGGGAUACAGAAGCUAAGACAGGGACAGUGGGCCAAUCAAUCAGCCUUGGAGCCCGAGACUCAUAUUGCAGUUCAAUUGUUUAGACUCUACUACAGUCGAGAAUAAAUGAAUGGAAUAGACAAGUCGAGAUUCUGGGGGAGGAAUGGUUUCAACAUACCACGCC